CCCCCUAAAACGCGGUCCAAAAAUUCCCCCAAUAAAAUCCUCCCCUUCCCUCUAGGACCUCCACAUCCACGCCAACAUCUCUCUCUCCUCUCUAUCUCUCUCUCUCACUCUCUCUCUAAAACAGCUCUCAAGUUAUAAUAGUUUGAUUUUCAGAACUCUUUAAUUCAAAUUUCUCGAGGAUUUGGGGAAUUUGGGGGUUAGGGUUUUUGGUUGAGCUUUGUUAGAGGUCCAUGUGAGAAUGCCCGCUACGGACUAUCAAGGUUCUUCAGCCGCAUUCAGUAUUGGGCGUUCGAUCAUGAGCCUCCGACGAGAUCAGGUGGUGCAGUCGAUGGAGGCGACGCACGAGGCCACGAGCUUGGAGAUGGAGCUUGAUGGAUUCCAGAGGCAGGUCACGGACCGCUUCGCCGGUUUGUCGUCGGCAGGUGCCGAGGACUUGCUCUCCUUGGGCUGGGUGCGAAAGCUUCUGGACGCGUUUCUCUGUUCCCAGGAAGAAUUUAGGGUUAUUCUGUUCAAUCACAGAGCUCUGGUCCUACGGCCCCAGACGUAUCGGCUGGUGUCGGAGUACUUGGAGCGGAGCGUGAAGGCUCUCGACGUGUGCAACGCUGUGCGCGAUGGGAUCGAGCAGAUCCGGCAAUGGCAGAAGCUGAUGGAGAUUGUCCUCUGCGCUCUGGACGGCCACAAAACCCUCGGAGAGGGUCAGUUCCGGCGCGCCAAGAAGGCGCUCAUCGACCUUGCCAUCGCCAUGCUCGACGAGAAGGACUCCAGCGCCGCCGCGAUCGCCCACCGGAACCGCUCGUUCGGACGGAGCAACAACAACGGCUCCUCCGCGUCGAGAGAUCACCAGCACCACCACAACCAGCGUUCGCUGGGGCACUUCCGCUCGCUCUCGUGGAGCGUGUCGCGGUCGUGGUCCGCGGCGCGCCAGCUCCAGGCGAUCGCAAACAACCUGACGGCGCCGAAAGCGAACGAGCUAGUGGCCACCAACGGGCUCUCCGCCGCGGUCUUCACGAUGAACUCGGUGCUGUUGUUCGUAAUGUGGGCUCUGGUGGCGGCGCUUCCUUGCCAGGACCGUGGCUUGCAGGUCCACUUCAACGUGCCGAGGCAGUUGGGGUGGGCGGGGCCAGUGCUUUCGCUGUACGAGCGGAUUCUCGAGGAGUCGAAGAGGCGGGACCGGAGGAACGCGUGCGGGCUGCUGAGGGAGAUCCAUCAAAUGGAUCGGUGCUCGAGGGUGCUGAACGAAUUGGCCGAUUCGGUUCAGUUCCCAUUGGCGGAGGAAAAGGAAGGGGAGGUGAGGCAGAGAGUGGAGGAGCUCUCGCGGGUCUGCGAGGCUCUGAAGGAGGGAUUGGACCCGCUGGAACGGCAAGUGAGAGACGUGUUCCAUAGGAUCGUGCGGAGCCGAACGGAGGGGCUCGAUUCUUUGGGUGGAAGGUACAACAAUCCUGAGUAGUGCUACUGAUUCCAAAUGUAUUGGAGAAUCUGAUGAUGAGGAUUGAGGAACAAGAAGACGGCUAUGAUUCGAUUGAGAAGAAUGUGUAAUUGAGGUGAGUGCUGUGCCAAAGAAUAAAUUUUGGGGGUCUUUGUAUUUAUCACCAUAUAUUUUGUGUAAAGAGAGGGAAAAAAAAAAAUUAGGGUAUGGAAUGGAAAUGGACCUCCGCGGUCGUCUCUUUGGCUUUUGUUGUUGCUACAUUGUAUAAUCAAAUUGCUGAGAAAGGUCAUGUUGUAGCUGAUUCUUGUUGUUAUAUAUGUUUCUCUUUUGGUCC